GCGCACAGCGCUUAAACCCACAGUGCUCCUCUCCUCUGCGUCCCCGCUCCACGGCGCUGCUGUCCCGGUGUCUGCCUCUGGAGGAGAGCGAGCGCCCCAGCAGCUCCAGCAGCUCCAUCACGGCUGCCUGCCUGUCGACAGCACGGAUAAAGCGUCCAGUGCGAGCCGAGCAAUCCCCGCAUCUCCCUCCACGCAGCAGGGGAGAGCCGUCGUCCGCUCCAGAGCCCCGUCGCUGCAACCGGUGUGGAACACGGCGCGGCUCCUGCGACAGACGGCGUCGUUGUGAGGUGAAAGGCCAAUAAAAACUGUCCCGUUGCCAUGGGGAAGCAGAACAGCAAGCUGCGGCCUGAGAUGCUGCAGGACCUCCGGGAGAACACGGAGUUCUCCGACCACGAGCUGCAGGAGUGGUACAAGGGUUUCUUGAAGGAUUGCCCCAGCGGAACUUUGAAUGUGGAGGAGUUCAAAAAGAUCUAUGCCAAUUUCUUUCCCUACGGAGAUGCCUCCAAGUUUGCCGAGCACGUCUUCCGGACUUUCGACACCAACGGCGACGGGACGAUAGACUUCCGGGAGUUCAUUAUCGCCUUGAGCGUGACGUCACGGGGAAAGCUGGAGCAGAAGCUGAAGUGGGCUUUCAGUAUGUACGACCUGGAUGGAAACGGGUACAUCAGCCGUGACGAGAUGCUGGAGAUUGUACAGGCCAUCUACAAGAUGGUGUCCUCUGUGAUGAAGAUGCCAGAGGAUGAAUCCACGCCUGAGAAGAGGACGGAUAAGAUCUUCAGACAAAUGGACCUCAAUAAUGACGGAAAAUUGUCCCUGGAGGAGUUUAUCAAAGGUGCCAAAAGCGACCCCUCCAUUGUCCGGCUACUGCAGUGCGACCCCAGCUCCGCCUCCCAGUUCUGAAGCCAGCGAGCCCUCUUUUUACUCGGCCCCCCUCCGUUUCCUUCUCUAUUCGGAAACGUCCCUGAAAUCAUUGCAUGAUGGUUCACAUCUCUCGUCUGUUUAAGUUCUCGUUUUAGCGGAGGGUUUAAAGGAGACUAGGGAUUUCAUUUACCUUUUUGUAUCGUGGGGGGGGAAAAGAAAGGACAUGCUUACAUACAUUUAACGGCGGAUCCAGAAGGCGCCUGCCGGGGGUUCCUGGCCGUCUCCGCCUGGAUCUGGACCACGAGGCAGUCACGCAGCGCGGGUGCUUUCUGCUGCAUGGAAUAGGCCCUCGGUUUCACCUCCAACGCACGUGUAUAUCAGUGUACAUACUGUAUGUCUAUGUAUAUCAUAAGAUCAAGUCAAAUUGUCUUCACUCACUGUGUGGCAUUGAAAGGCAGUAUUAUGUAGCGUUGCUUCCCGGUCUGAUCUCAGUGGGAGUCUUGGGCGUGUUGGGAUUUUAUUGCUGUAUGAUCUUUCGCUGUGAAAAAGAAGGCCUAAGAUCCCUUUUGAUUUGUUGUGAAUAUCUACUGGUGUUUUUUAUUAUUAUUAUUAUUAUGAUUUAACUUUUUUUCCCCUCAUUUGUACAUACAUUUUUUCCCUUUUUCAUGUGAUUUUAUUUAUUCAUUUUUACUCUAAAUGCGAUUUGACUUUAUUUUUGAGAUGACUAUAUUCCAGUUUACAGCGGCCCAGAGAGGGGAAGGCGUCAUUUUUUUUUUUUUUGUGUGGAUUUUUGGUCCAAAUGAAGGAUGUGAAUUUGCAACGAGAACAGGUGGAUCUCAAUGAUGCGUUCGAUCGACAGCAGCAGUAGCACAUAUCGUCAUUUUUGCCGCCGUGUAUUUACGGAGCAUGGCAGUGCUUUUGGUCUGAAUGCGUGUGUGUGUGUGUGUGUGCAUGUGUGAAUUACACCUGGAUGCUUGAGGCUAACUUUUACAGUAUCACCAUGUUGUGUUGUUUUCCAUACGGUACCUUGCAACAACUGUUUGCGCCCCUUAAACCUUUUCGCAUUUUCUCAUGUUACAACCAAACGCUUUACAUAUUUCUGAGGUGUUUUAAGUGAUGCACCAACACACGGAAGUGCAUAAUUUGUGAAGUGGAGAUUAAAAAGAAUAUGUGUUCAUAUUUUACUUUUAAAUAAUGAUCUGAUAAGUAUGCAACAUGCGCGCCAGCCCCUUUUGGGAAUGUUUCUGGUAUGUCUCUAGUCUUUCUGGCAUCUUGAGAGACGAUUGGCUCCUUUUCUUUUAUUGUAAAGGUGUGGAAAUUGCCAAGCAAGAACGGAAAGGUUGCACAGUUCAGUGUCAACACAUUUAUUACCAUUAGUUAUUUCAAAAUGUAACACAGACUUAUAAAAAUGGCUAUAAAGCAACACUUAUAAGGUCAUACUUUGUGGAUAGGGUUGCAUUAAGAGUGCAGUUCCAGUAUUGAUCCUUCUUCUGCUACGCAUGUUUGAAUGCAGGCAGAUUUGCUCUGCAGUGACAUCUACAGUUUAAAAUAGGAACUGCAGUAAAUGAAUGGUGUGUGUGCCACAAGCCAGCGUAUAAAAGUCAAAGGGACAUUCUACACGUCUGAUUUCUCCUGAGGCAUCUAGAGCAUGAGCAUAUAGCCCAGGCUUCAACUUUCUUGUUGACAGUUUUUACCACCUCAGCUGUGGAUAUCUGCAGCACCAUAUGUUAUCUACUUAAGUAGAUAACAUAUUUUUUGGAUGAGAAUCAAUUGAUUCUCAUCCUACAUUUUUCUUCCACUUCACAAUUGUGCACCAAUCUUUCUUGAUGUGUCUCAUAAAAUCCCCAUAACGUCCAUUAAAGUUUGUGGUUUUAAUGUGACAAAAUGUAAAAAAAAAAAAAAAAAAUAAUAAUAAUUUCAUGAGGUACAAACAAUUUGGCAAGUUAUUGUAAGCAUCUUAGAAUUCUUUAAUAUCGAGCAGUAAACUUAAGAUAGCUGUAACCUGUCACUAUAAUGCAUGAUCCUACAAAGCAAGACACAGGCUACUUUCACGACUACAGUUUACGCACGGUGAUACCUUCUUUGGAGCUCGGCAGCCUUCUCAGAAAUGAGUAUUUCUCCCGCUGUGGAGCAACACCACCUUCCCUCCCUCCCUCCCUCCAUCUUUCUUCCUCUGACAGACAGAAAACUCGCUAAGGGCUUGUUCAUCACUCUUGUGCUGAAUGCUUCUCCAACUCCCUAGAUUGGUCUGCUUGCAGAGCUGUCACAUAGAGGUGGGUUCCAUUAGAGAGCAGCGAGGUCAUACACCUGCUCUAGUUUGGGGAUUUCAGGGGUAAUGAGAGUGAAUCAAUUUCUAUUGGCACUUUAAAGUCUAUGAUCAAGACACCUAUUUUAUUUGCUGUUAAUAAUUGCCCCACUAUCGUCAGGUUUUUGGGGAAUCGUCUCUUAGCAAAGGGAAUUAAACCACCUCAGAAUGUGUGUCGUUAAAGGCUUUAUGAAACACUGGCACGGCACCGCUCUGAAAUGUCUCGUUAAAUCCUCUAUUGUCAUCUUCUGGUUUAUAAACCGCGUUUAAACGUGAAAUUAAACACAGCAAAGAAUGUAUUUAACUAAAAUAUCAAAUCAAUUGAGCCUUAUUAUAGUUUUAUCCAAUUGGUCGCAGAUUAAAAACACUGAUCGACAGAAGUAGACGACCCUGAGAGCUGUCCUGGUGCCGCUGCCUCCAACUGCUCUGGUAGGGAUCUAAAGUCAGCUCAUACCAAAUGCUUUGAACAGGAACUACCUAUCCAGCAGCCUCUCUGCUUCGGGGAUCCUUAAAGUAUCACUGCCUUCUGCUGGUAGGAUAAGAAACAACAGUCAGAAUUUCCUGAUCUACUGCAGUUUAGUCCUUUUUCUAUCAUCACUGCCUCUUAUAACAAACUGGUAUCCUGUGUUGAAGAAAAUAAGCCCCUCCUCCUUUAUUUCCCCCAUCCUUCCCCUUUUCCUGCACUACUUUUCUGUUGCAUGAAGACCUCGUGUGAGGAUGCAAUGUUUGUUCUGUUGAACUUGACAAUAAAGACACCGAAAUAUA